ACAUAACUGUGAAGCAAUGGCUCGAUUAAUUCGUAUCGCCUUGAUCGUGGCUAUAAAUGUAUUGAUAUGUAUUCUUGCAAAAGAUGAACGUUACUCUGAUGAAUACGAUGAUGUCGAUGUUAAAAAACUUCUGGAAAAUAAGGAAUUGCGAACACAAUAUAUAAAUUGUUUUAUGGAAACAGGACCAUGCAUCACACCACAAAUGAAGUUUUUCACAGAGAAAUUCAGUGAAGCUUUCCAAACUCGUUGCAAAAAAUGUACUGAAAGGCAAAAGGAAAUAUUCGCACAAGGUAUUGAGUGGAUACAAAAGAAUGAACCCGAAACAUGGCAAUUAAUACUUUUAAAGGUUAUAGAAAAAAUGAAGAGAAAAGCUGCAGCACAAACAUAAUUGCAGCUGAUAACACGAAUAGAUAGAUAAUGAACCCGAUAGUUUCGACACAUGCUUUUUCUGAAUUUUCUCA